CCUUCAUGUUCCCCAGGAAUAUACUUCUUGCCCAUGAUCGCCUGGACUGACUUAGUGCCAGCUCCUGUCGAGUCGAGCACUUUUUUCAUUUUCUGAACCUUGCCAGUCAUCUGCACGACCUUGCGGUGAACCUUAUCUUUGAAGUUGGCAUCCGCUUCCUUGGCACCAUCUUUUCAAUGCUACAAUCUCUGGAACCUGCUCGUAAUUCUGCGAGCGCAUUCUUUCUUAUUCUUGAGCCAAUAAUGCCCAUGGUUCAAGCGAACUUGACCGUUCGCAUCCGGUUCAGAGCCAGAAUCAGCCGCAAGCCAGUUCGCGAUGGCCAUUGUUUCCACACUGCCCAGACUAGUGAGCUUGUUGGCGAAGUCGGAGCUGCAUGUCGGUAUCGCGAGGGUGUUCUCCUCUUGUGAUACGCUCCGAAGCACGUGGAGUCAUUGGAGGGUCAUGGAAGCUCGUCAUAGGGCUGGCCUUGCAAGUUCUGGGCAGAUGUUGGGGAGACGCGGGUCAAAGAGGUGGUGUGUUG